AUGGACGGCGCUCCAACACCUACUCGCCCACCUCCAAGCUAUCCCGAUGGACUUCCCUCUUAUGUACACACACCUACAGAAGAAGACAAUAUGAGUAUCCCAGGAAAUAACUCGUCACUGAGACUGCUCCCGCACGCUCAGGAUGACUACAGAUCGUAUGUGAAAACUCCCAGUGGUUCUACCCAGGACAUACCUCCCUCGUUGGUGAUUCGCAAGCCAUUGUCAUCCCCAAGAAUAUCCCGUGUUUCUUGGGAUGACCUUCCACUCAAGGAUCCUUCAAAAUGUGCUCGAGUGGAAAGUGAAGUCGCCUCUUUGAUUUCAGAGGCGGAGAAAGAGCUGAAUCACUCCCGCGAAUCUCAUGUGUUUAUUGGGCGGACCCCUACCCUGAGAGCCACCGUGAAGAUGAGAAAAAGUCCCCAAACUGACCCAAACCCAACCCACAGGUCCACCACCUCUAGUCGUACAUCCCCUGACCGAUAUCAUCGACCCGGAGUUUCCACAGCAUACAGCUCAAGACCUAGUUCAAGCCUUGGCCGAGCUCCAUCUAUUCCCCUUCCCACAGCCAAUCCUCGAUCUCCCAUACGACCCUCCACCCCGUCACGAACAUCUACAGAUUGGGGAAGAGCCUCAAGUAUCAACUAUGAACCUCCUGACAUUAAUGGCAGUCCUCGUCCAGGCACACCUUCAUCACAAUAUGGAGGGAGUCCGAGACGCCCCCUACCUCCUGCGCCUCUAUUCUCGGUCAAAGGUGGAGCGGCCGAGACCACAAUACCAAUGCCAGACACACAUGCUGGAAGUGAUAUCUUCUCAAGUGGUCAUUCCAUCAGACCCGACCAUGACCCACGAGCAAGCCUCAAAUCGGCUCACUCUUAUAUGACAGACUCCACCUUCACUGAGGACAACGGAAAUGACAACGAAGAUGCUAUGACCGAGAAAACAGAUCGAUAUGGUUCUGCACCUGAUGGGCAACAAGAUCGAAGAGGGUUGAGAGAAGCUCAAAUGGCCAAGAAAGAGGUCCAUCUGAUCAAUGGCGAGUUGAUUCUGGAGACCAAAAUCCCGACUAUUCUACACAGCUUCUUGCCACGAAGAGAUGAGCGCGAGUUCACUCACCUACGCUAUACAGCGGUGACGUGCGAUCCAGAUGAUUUUGUCGUCAAUGGUUACAAGCUCAGACAGAAUAUUGGAUCGACCACACGAGAAACGGAGCUUUUCAUUUGUGUCACCAUGUACAAUGAAGGCGAAAUCGAAUUUACCAGGACUAUGCACGGAAUCAUGCGGAACAUAUCUCAUUUCUGCUCAAGGGCAAAAUCAAGAACAUGGGGCAAGGAUGGGUGGCAGAAGAUUGUGGUCUGUGUCAUUGCAGAUGGUAGACAGAAAGUGCACCCGAGAACCUUGAACGCUUUGGCUGCAUUGGGCGUCUAUCAAGAAGGUCUGGCCAAAAAUAUUGUCAAUGACAAGGAAGUCACUGCCCAUGUCUAUGAAUACACUACACAGGUAUCUCUGGAUGAAACACUCAAGUUCAAGGGCGCCGAAAAGGGCAUCGUACCCUGUCAGAUGAUCUUCUGCUUGAAAGAACAGAACAAGAAGAAGCUCAACUCCCACAGAUGGUUCUUCAAUGCCUUUGGCAGGGCUCUUGUCCCCAAUGUCUGUAUCCUACUCGACGUUGGCACAAAACCAGAUUCGAAAGCUUUAUACCAUCUCUGGAAAGCAUUUGACCAAGACUCAAACGUUGCGGGUGCAGCGGGUGAAAUUAAAGCCGACAAAGGAAAAGGGUGGAUGGGUCUGCUCAAUCCACUCGUUGCCUCUCAGAACUUUGAGUACAAAAUGAGCAAUAUCCUCGAUAAGCCGUUGGAGUCAGUCUUCGGCUACAUCACGGUGCUACCCGGUGCUUUAUCAGCAUAUCGCUAUUACGCACUCCAGAACGAUCCCAGUGGACAUGGGCCGCUCAGUCAAUACUUCAAAGGAGAAACCCUUCAUGGUGCCGAUGCCGAUGUUUUCACUGCAAACAUGUAUCUGGCUGAAGAUCGAAUCCUUUGCUGGGAAUUGGUGGCCAAACGUGGUGAACAAUGGGUUCUGAAAUUCGUCAAGAGUGCUUAUGGCGAAACAGAUGUUCCUGAUACGGUGCCUGAAUUCAUUUCUCAACGUCGACGAUGGCUCAAUGGUGCAUUCUUUGCUGCCGUAUACUCUCUUGUUCAUUUUAAACAACUAUGGACAACAGAUCAUACUUUGACUCGAAAGAUCCUGCUCCACAUCGAAUUCCUGUACCAAUUUGUCUCACUAAUAUUCACCUUUUUCUCGCUGGCCAACUUCUAUCUCACCUUCUACUUCAUCGCCGGCUCUCUGGCGGAUCCACUCCUCGAUCCAUUUGGUCACAAUAUUGGCAAGUACAUCUUUGUGGUUUUACGAUACGUGACUGUUUUGUCCAUUUGUCUACAAUUCAUUGUCAGCUUGGGAAAUAGACCACAGGGUGCCAAACGCUUGUUCAUGGGUAGUAUGAUUACUUACGCUAUCAUCAUGAUCUACACCACUUUCGCGUCGCUCUACAUUGUCAUCAAACAAUUGACAGCACAUUCAUUGGAAGAGACCGACCCAAAAUCGCCAUACAAGUUGGGAAAUAACGUCUUCACCAAUCUGAUUGUCAGCACUGUCAGCACGAUCGGUCUUUACUUCCUCAUGUCCUUCCUCUACUUUGAUCCAUGGCACAUGUUCACCAGUACUGCUCAAUACUUUGCAUUACUACCUUCAUAUAUUUGCACCUUGCAAGUCUACGCGUUUUGUAACACUCACGACGUCACCUGGGGAACCAAAGGUGACAAUGUCUUGCACACUGAUCUUGGAAUGGCCAAAGCUACCGGCACUGGAAAUACUGUCGAGAUGGAGAUGCUCUCAGAUCAGUUGGAUAUUGAUUCGAGCUACGAUGUUGCACUCCGCAAUCUCCGAGACCGGCUUGAAGCACCUAAACCACCACCAAGCGAAAGUCAAAUGCAGGAAGACUACUACAAAUCUGUUCGGACGUACAUGGUGGCGACAUGGCUUGUUUGCAACGCAAUUCUCGCGAUGGCGGUCUCAGAAGCCUAUCCAGUGGGUAGCCAUAUCAACAAGAACACCUACCUCAUUUUCCUCCUCUGGACCGUGGCUGGACUGGCUCUUUUCCGUGCCAUUGGUUCUUCUACCUUCUUGAUCAUUAAUGUCAUCUCUGCGAUUGUAGAAGGCAGGAUUCAAGCCAAGUUCGAACGCAUCUUCGGAGGCGGCGAUGAGCAUGGCCGACACAAGCAAGGAGUAGGUAGCGGUUUCUCAGAGUCAGGCAAGACCGGAAUGACUGGUUCCAGCGGCUCUGGCAUGAGUUUGAGUGAUGUUACCAGCAAGAUCAGUGAGAAGUUCAGUUGGAUCGGGAAGAAAUGA